AUGCAUCAGAGAAUAGUGCAGCUUUCCAUCUGUGUUGUUGUGCACACAGCUGGAGUUUUUGGAGUGAACAUCUGGGACAGGGACACUAAGCCCUCUUGUAAUGUCAUAUUCUACAGCAAUCUUGCUGAGCCUGGACAGACAAAGUCCUCUGCCCUGUGCCUCACACGUGGGGACAAUGAAGUGGCACACAGUCUACUAAACACUGAUUACAACCUCUGCACACUUUAUCAUAGUCAUCAAACAGCGCUCCACCGAGCAGCUGUAGUGGGGAACCGUGAUGCCAUCGCGGCACUUGUCCAAGGUGGUUGUGCCCUUGACCUCCAGGACAAGGAUGGGAACACUGCUUUGCAUGAGGUUUCUUGGCAUGGUUUCGGUCAAUGUGUGAAAUUACUGGUCAAGGCAGGAGCCAAUGUUCAUGUUAAGAACAAGGCCGGAAACACAGCUCUUCACCUUGCCUGUCAGAACGGGCAUUCCCAGAGUGCUCGAGUGUUGCUGCUGGGCGGCUCCACACCUGACAGUAAAAACAACGCAGGUGAUACAUGUUUACACACUGCUGCACGCUACAGUCACUUGGCCAUGAUAAAGAUUCUCUUGGGUACGUUCUGUUCGGUGGCAGAGAAAAACCAGGCUGGGGAUACAGCUCUCCAUAUUGCAGCUGCAUUGAAUCAUAAGAAAACAGUCAAUCUGCUCCUCGAGGGAGGGGCUGACAGUAACAUCAGAAAUAAUGCAGGCAAGACUCCUCUUGACCAGGCACGGGAUCAUAACAACCGUGAUCUAGCUAUACUUCUGGCUAAGUCCAAUCAGGUCCAAAGGUUUGCGCGCGGCCGGACUGUGAGGAAGAGGAGGGACUUACAGAGAGCCGAGCGAAGGGCCCACUCCGUGCCCCGAGAGGAAGUACUCCCUGGAAAGGACAGUGCGUCAGUGGCUGAGGAUACCCACAGCAGUGACCUCACUGUACAUAAAACAGGAACUCAUCACAUUAAACCCUCAUCCAGUCCCCGGACCAGGCACAGAAUCAAAAAUCUGAAAGAACGGCAUGUCUCUAAGAGAGAGGACUAUCUGCAUAAACACAGAAGAGAAAGGCCAAGAAGCUGCAGUCCCCUAGAUGAUGAGGAUUCUCCAAACAGAAAAGCCUAUCAGCUCUAUACCCUUUACCGUGACAAAGACGGGGAAAUCAGACAGGCUCCUGCGAACAGCUGCCAUUGUAAACCUCUCAUUAAGAAACUGGAGAGUCAGCUGAAGGCAACCAAAGAGGAGAUGAAAGCCCAGAUUCACUCCAUUCAGGAGGAGAUGAACUGCAAGUUGGGAAGAAUAGAUCGUAAAAGCAAAUAUCAGAUCAAAGUCUUAGAGAAGAUGACUCAGGAACGGGUGUCUGCAGAGAGAAUGGAAUGCCGUUACCGCAUCGAUCAGAGAGCCACCAUGGAGCGUGUGGAGGAUGAUAAGAGACAGCAGGGUGCUAUAGCGAAUGACCUGAAAAGCUGGUGCGUGUCUAAGAUCCAGGACGUUCAGGUGCACGUGCCAGCGGAGGCGCCAUAUUACAAACUGUUGAAGUCCCCGUCAGCGAAUGGUUCUCUUCUGGAGAACGACCUAGAGAGCCUCCCUCUGCUGUCUGUCAUCUCUGAGGAGAGCACAAGCUCCUUGGCUACGUAUGUCAAUGUGCUGCCAAGCCCUGAGUCAGAACCUCUCUCCAAUGAAAAGAAUGAUGAGAAUGAUGUGCUGGGUAGAAGAUACCUUGAAAUAAAGAUGGACCCAUCUGCAGAUAAUUAUCAAAAUACCUCUCAGCUCUACAGCACAUUUUCAGCAUCUGGCCAUAAUCGUGAAGCUAUCGCUGGCUCGUUAGCAUCUGCUGGCCCCAAGUGGCUCCAUUCAGAACUGCAGGAUGCAGAGCUGUCUGAGGGCCGGCGGGGUACAGGGGAGGCCCUUUACAGCAGCGCCAGCAGCAGCCUGUCGGCGAUAAGCAGGGGAUUGGAUGACAGCGAUGUUGAGCCUGGGAAAGGCCAGGCGUACAGUCACCACGCGCAUCAUCUGAGGGAUACAAUCAAAGUCCGUGCAAAUGCACAGCAUGGUGGCACUGUGAGUACAUUGGAGUUCUUUGCCGAGCGACCGUCAGAGCCCUCUUUCCUGCAAGAGAGGGCCAACCUGCACGCCAUGGAGGUGACCCAGCGCUUCUUUGAGACAGUGUCCACACAGCUGGAGCGCUGGUACGUGAGGAAGAUCCAGGAGGCGCAGAGAGUGGCUGAAUUGAAGGGACAGCAGGAAAAAGCUACACUAAUAGAGCGUAUUAACAAUUUAGAGGAGGAGCUACAAAUGCUUAGGGCCAACACAAGCACAGAGCAACCAGAGCAGCCUCGUACGCUGACUUAG